AUGGUGAUCAAGGCUUCCGAAAUUGCACCAGCCGCGUAUGCCAAAGGCAGCACGAGUAACGUACAAAAAGAGGACGAUCUCAUCUAUGACUUGGGUAAUCUAGCGGCUUUUGAUACGCACCCGUUUACAUUCAAGAAUGAAAAAGCACUGGCACUUUACACACGUGAAAAUGUACAGCUCUUGAUCAACAAAAUUUUUGAAUUGCCACGUGAAAUGUCCGACAUGGGACCCCUUGCUCUAUUACCUGGUCCUGUGACGAUCAUUCCUCGUGAAAAACCAUUGCCCAAGCCUAAAAUUGAGACGAGAUGGGAGAAAUUUGCAAAGGAAAAGGGAAUUGAGAAACGCAAAAAGAGUCGAAAAGUUUUGGAUGAAAAGACGGGGGAUUGGAGUCAUACGUGGGGAUAUCAGCGUGCAGGUGAUGAUAUGAAGGAUUGGGCCGUCGAGAUGAAAGCUGGUGACACGGAGGACCCAUGGACUAAACGCAAGCAGGAGAAACGUACACGUGUGGACAAGAACAUACGGGCUCAAGCUAAUAACCUUAAACAGGGACGUGGCAAGCAACUUGCUGGUAUUGCUGGUCGUACACCUACCGGUAUUCCAGUCGAGUUGAUGAAUACAGACGAUACCAAGCUGAAGCAGCGUGGUAAAGAGGGAACAAACAAGACUUUGGAAAAGGUGCAGUUUUCAACGGCAUCGAUGGGCAAGUUUGACAAGAUGCGAGACGGCGAGUCUGAACGCAAGGUGAAGGGCAAACGCAACCACUUUUUGCCGACAACUGGUGCCGAGACGACUGAGAAGGAGCGUAGUAUCAAUGUGUUGAAGCGAGUGUUGGGACGUGAAGAGAAUGCUGGUAAGAACAAGGGCAAGAGUUUUGAUGACGAUGAAGAAGCUGAAGGUGGGAAGCGCAAGAAGAAGGGAAAGAAAUUGAAAAACUUGACCAAGGGCGCUACCAAGAAGCGACGGACAAAGUAG